AUGAUGGGCGCCCAAGACCCAACAUCUCAAUCAAACUAUUACCAGAUCAGCACAAAGCACUUUUCACUCAACUGGUCGAUCGACUUCCACGAGAAAUUGAUCAAGGGGUCCAUCACGCACGAGCUUUCCGUGCACGAGAGCGACGUAAAGCAGGUUAUCUUUGAUACGUGGGAUGUCGUGAUCAAGCGCGUGCACGUCGAGGGCGAGUCUGGCGAUGCUCAGUACUCCUUGGGAGAAAAGCAUGAAGUCAUGGGCUCGGGGUUGUAUAUUCCGCUUCCUGCCGGUCUGCAGGUAGGAUCGUCGGUAAAAGUGACGAUCGAGUACAAUACAACGGAGCCUGGAUGCAAGGCAUUGCAGUGGCUCGACAAAGCACAAACGCAUGGCAAGACCCAUCCUUUCCUGUUCAGUCAGUGCCAACCGAUCUAUGCAAGAAGUCUUUUGCCAUGUCAAGAUACUCCAUCGGUCAAAGUUACAUAUGAAGCGAAGAUCACGUCUGUACUUCCUGCACUCAUGUCUGCUAUCCGAGUGUCUCCGCCUGCGGAAGGGCCUGUACAUGACGGGAAGAUUGUUGGACAGGACGAAGUCACCUACGUUUACAACCAGCCGGUGCCAAUACCAUCUUAUUUGAUUGCAAUCGCGUCAGGAAACGUUUGUUACCGCCCAUUCGAAAAGCUCGAAGGGAAAGACUGGACGAGCGGAGUAUGGGCCGAGCCGGACGUUAUCAAUGACGCCUGGUGGGAAUUCAAAGAGGACACGACAAGGUUUUUGGCUGCAGAGGAGGAACUCGUUGGCAUGCCAUAUCAUUUUGGCGUGUAUGACCUCCUGGUUUUGCCUCCGUCAUUCCCUUAUGGUGGCAUGGUGCCUUUGUUGACUGGGGACAGGACACUGGUGGACGUCGUCGUUCACGAGAUCACGCACUCAUACUUCGGGAAUGGUAUAACACACGCAGACGCGUCACACUUUUGGCUCAACGAAGGUUGGACGACGUACAUCGAGCGCCUCCUCCAGCAGAUAUUGCACUCUCCUGCUCACCGUGGAUUCUCUUUUUUGAUCGGUUCGAAAUUGCUUUACGAUGACCUCCAGUUUUACGAGGAGCGGAACAAGAAGUAUCAGAAAUUGCAGAUUGACUUUGAGACGGGUGAGAACCCUGACGAUGCCUAUAGCGGAAUACCAUACGAAAAGGGCGGUAAUUUCCUCCUCCACAUUGAGCGAACGUUGGGCGGUGUAGAUGUGUUCCUCCCAUACGUGAAGGAUUAUGUGAAGACGUUCAUGGGUAAAAGCAUCACCACAGAUAUAUGGAAGGAACACCUCUUUGGCUACUACACGCAAUUUGGUGGGGACGACGAGCUUGAAGCGCUUAAAAGCAUUGAUUGGGACGCCUGGCUUUUUGGAACGGGUGUGACCCUUCCUGUGCCAAUGGAAUACGACAUGACCCUCGCACAGCAAUCCUACAAGCUCGCUGAGAGGUGGAGCAAAGCCAAAGAACCAUUCGAAUUCGACGCCGCCGACAUCGAUGGGAUGGACGCCAAUCAGAUCGUUGUUUUCCUUGAACGACUACAAUCCUUCGACCCAUUGCCAGUAGUGCAUAUUGAUCACCUUGGUGUCCUCUACGGGCUGGUGAAUACGCCCAAUGCGGAGAUCCGCCUGAGGUUCUACCAAGUAGCUUUGCUUGAUCCAAAAUCUGCCAAGGCAGAGCAAUAUGCUACAGAGGCGUUGGGUUGGGUUGUUGGUGACGAGGAUGGGAUGGUCAAGGGCCGGAUGAAGUUCUGUCGGCCAAUAUUUAGGGCGGUGUUUGCUGUUGAUAAGGCAAUGGCGCAGGACACGUAUCAAGAGCACAAGAGUUCGUUCCAUCCCAUCGCCCGUGAUCUUAUUGAGCAGGUAAGAGAUACCUAG